AUGGCUACUACAAAGCAGCCUAACAUCCUCUACAUCAUGGCGGACCAGAUGGCCGCACCCCUGUUAUCAAUUUAUGACCCUUCCUCCCCAAUCAAAACACCCAAUAUCGAGAAGCUUGCAGAAUCUGGUGUGGUGUUUGAAUCAGCAUAUUGCAAUUCUCCACUCUGUGCUCCCUCGCGCUUCACCAUGGUCAGCGGACAGCUGCCCUCUCGUAUUGGAGGCUACGACAAUGCUAGUGACCUUCCUGCCGACACCCCUACGUAUGCACAUUACCUGCGAGCGCAAGGGUAUCACACUGCGCUAUCUGGCAAAAUGCACUUUGCUGGCCCUGAUCAGCUGCAUGGAUAUGAGGAGCGGUUGACAAGUGAUAUCUACCCUGGCGAUUAUGGGUGGACUGUGGAUUGGGACCAGCCGGAACUUCGCAAAGAUUGGUACCAUGAUAUGUCAUCUGUGAUGGAAGCUGGGCCAUGCGUUCGCAGUAACCAGCUUGAUUUUGAUGAUGAAGUCGUUCACAAAGCGACCCAGUAUCUAUACGACCAUGUUCGUUAUCGGGAAGGCCAGCCAUUCUGUCUUACCGUUUCAAUGACACACCCCCAUGAUCCAUAUACCAUGACCAAAGAUUAUUGGGAUAUGUAUGAGGACGUCGAAAUUCCCCUUCCCAAGACGCCUGCUCUCCCUCAAAACAAGCACGAUCCUCACUCGCAACGUGUGCUGAAAAUUGUCGAUCUUUGGGGGAAAGAAAUCCCCGAAGAGCGUAUCAAGGCUGCACGUCGUGCAUACUUUGCCGCUUGCACUUAUGUGGAUACUCAGAUCGGGAAGCUGAUGAGUGUUUUGAAAAAUUGUGGCGUUGCUGAUGAUACCAUUGUUGUAUUUACCGGAGACCACGGUGAUAUGCUUGGAGAGAAAGGCUUGUGGUACAAGAUGGUUUGGUAUGAAAUGUCUGCCAGGGUGCCCAUGAUUGUUUUUGCUCCUGGAAAGUAUCAAGCAAGGCGGGUCAAGGAGAAUGUAUCUACUAUGGAUUUGCUCCCUACAUUUGUUGCAAUGAGUGGUGCAUCUGUUGACCCUACUUUGCCUCUUGAUGGCGUCUCACUGAUGCCCUACCUCGAUGAGAACUCCGACGGUGAGAAGACUGAUACAGUUCUAGGGGAAUACAUGGCAGAAGGUACAUUGGCUCCAGUAGUCAUGAUCCGUCGUGGUCCUUGGAAAUUCAUCUACUCACCUCUCGACCCACCUAUGAUUUUUAACGUGGAAACCGAUCCUGCAGAGUCUGUUAAUCUUGCUGAAGGGCUCCAACUCCCAUCCCAUUUUACAGCCACUAAAGACGGCUCCUCUCCUACCACUCAGCAAACUACUCGCCCUGCAUCACUUCCCACCCCCGCAACCUCCCCUAGCCCUCAAGCAUUCCUACUACCCUUCUUUUCCCAAUCAAACACACCUAGCCCUUCUGUCUAUACCCCUCCCCGCAGCCCAAGUCCCAACAAAGCCUCGAUCGCCGCUGGCCGCUCUGCCGACCAAAAUGACAUACCCACCCUUCUUGCAGAAUUCUUGAAAGAAGUCCAUGCUCGCUGGGAUUUCAAGCUUCUUCAAGAGCAAGUCCUACAGUCCCAGCGUCGACGGCGCUUAGUGUAUUCUGCGCUGACUAAAGGCAAAAUCACGGCAUGGGACUAUACCCCUCUUGCCGAUGGCAGCCAGAUGUACAUCCGCAAUGUCGGCCAAACCGCACUCGGCAACGUCGAACACUUGAACCGGUGGCCUAGAGUUGGGAGGGAGGUGCAGUAUCGACCAUAA